GGUCAGUAUCUUCUAAUAGUCUAUGUAAGCGGCCAGACCCUUUCCCGCUGUUAUCAUCAUCAUCAUCAUCCCCAAUGCCUUCCUCAAGCAUUCGAGAUGUCCUCCCAAACCUGCAAAUCGGCGUCUGGCCUCCCGGCCCCAAGAACAGCAUCACCGACGUCGAGGGCGUGCUAGUCCACACUCAAUCCAUCCACGCGCCAGCCUCAGAUACCCACGACGCAGUCAACACCGGCGUCACCACUAUCCUGCCCCGCAAGCACUGGUACCGCGAUUGCUGCUAUGCAGGCAUAUGCCGCUUCAACGGCGCGGGCGAACUAACGGGCAGCCAUUGGAUUGCCGAGACCGGGCUGCUCAACUCCCCGAUCAUAAUUACCGGCACCUUUGGCAUCGGUGCCGCGCAUCAAGGUGUUUAUGAAUAUCUCUGCCGCGACCAGCCUGAGUUCAAAGAAGCUCCCACCCUCCCCGUCGUAGGGGAAACAUGGGACGGCCAGCUCAGCGACGUGGGCAGCUUCGCCGUCACGCCGGACCACAUCGUCACCGGCAUUCGAAACGCCACGAGCGACGCCGUCUCGCUCGGUAACACAGGAGGCGGCACGGGCAUGGUCUGCCACCAGUACAAAGGCGGCACGGGAUCAAGCAGUCGCAUAAUCGCCGGCCACGACAUCCAAGACCAAACAAAGCGAUCCUACACCGUCGGCGUCCUCGUGCAAGCAAACUACGGCAAGAAGCGCAAUCUCCGCAUCGGCGGCGUGCCCAUCGGCCGCCUCCUCAUGGAGCAAGACGAGAAAGCCGCAGCAGCAGCAACUUACCAAGAACCCAACACAGCCCGCAAAGACGGCAGCAUCAUCAUCAUCAUCGCGACCGACGCCCCGCUGCACCCCCUCCAAUUGCAACGCCUCGCAACGCGCGCAACAGUAGGCCUCUCGCGCGUCGGCGGCCUAGGCCACAACGGCUCCGGCGACAUCUUCCUCGCCUUCUCGACCGCCAACAAAGACGCUCUGCAGAAUGCCGGGAACUGGAUCGGCGGCGGCAAGGAUCCCGCUUUCGAGCCGAAACUCCUACAGUUGCAGGCGCUGGAUGAGAAUACGAUUAAUGAGCUCAUGGAGGGGGCGGCGGAUGCGACGGAAGAGGCGAUUUACAAUGCGCUUUGCGCGGCUGAGACGAUGACGAAGGCGGGGCAUACGAUUGAGGCGUUGCCUUUGGAUAGGGUGAAGCGGAUUAUGGAGAAGUAUCUGAUUUAGGCGAGAGACGAGGAUGGUUGAGCAUGCUUUGAAGCCAUCACGGCAUCCGUGUUCAAGGCGCUUAGAGAACACGUCUGAUGUAUAGACAAAUAAAACACAAAGGAAAGAAGCUCGCGCCGUCGCCGCGCUGUGCCCAGCCUGCCCUCAACCAUGUCCAUCUCGUAGCCCAAAACCGCUUCCACCUCCCUAACGCCGCGCACGCCCAAUGCAACAAGUCCAACACCACAAACUCAAACACCAAGGAAAGAC